AUGCUGGUCUUUGGUAAUGAUGAUGGGAGGGUGGUUUGGUCGGAGCCCUUGAUGGUCCGGACCCUGACCCCUGACCCACAGACCCUGACCCCACAGACCCCUGACCCCACAGACCCGAUCCCACAAACCCUGAUCCCUCCAGACCCUGACCCCACAGACCCUGACCCUACAGACCCUGACCCCUGGACACCCACAGACCCUGACCCCACAGACCCUGGACCCACAGACCCUGAUCUACAGACCCUGACCCUUGACCCACAUCCCACAGAACCAUAUCAGUUUUAUCCAAUGUGUUAA